UCGUCAGCUCCGGAGUCUUAUUUAGACUUACGAGCAUUGUAACGUUUGGCACCUUUCUUCCGGCCGAUCCAUGACUGAGCCCAUUCUUUUCUUUGACAUCCCGUCCUCGGUUCCUGGAGUUGCUUGGUCGCCGAACACCUGGAUUACCAGAUAUGCAUUGAACUACAAGGGGCUCCCGUACAAGACCGUCUGGAUCGAAUACCCGGACAUCGCAGACCACUGCCUGCGCAUCGGCGCGGAGCCGUCGAUGAUCCGCAAGAACGGGAAACCCUACUACUCGCUGCCCACGAUCCAGGACCCGAACACAGGCGCGGUCGUCUCCGAUUCGUUCCGCAUCGCCGUGUACCUGGACGCGACGUACGCGGACACGCCACGGCUCAUCCCGCAGGGCACGCGCACGCUUCAGAAGACCUUCCGCUUCGCGUUCGACAAGAUGACGGAGCCCGUGGUGCCGCUGAUCCUACCCGGCGUCCCGGACAUACUGUUCCCGCGCAGCCGGGAGUACUUCCGCCGGACCCGUGCGGAGUCGUUCGGGAAGCCCCUCGAGGAGCUGGUGCCGGAGGGGGAGGCGCGCGAUGCGGCGUGGCAGUCGUUGCAGGAGAACUAUGGCAAGUUCGCGGAGUGGCUCGAUGAGGAGAGUGCCGGCCCUUACGUCAUGGGUGACCAGUUGUCCUUUGGGGAUCUGGUUGUUGCCGGGGAGCUCAAGUGGUAUAUGAUAGGAUGGGGAAAAGAGAGCGAGUUCUGGAAGGAUCUCAAAACGUGGCACGCGGGGCGUUGGAUCAAACUGCUUGAAUCUGUCGCUCAAUACGAGGGUCCGGUCGAGAGCCCCGUGAGCUAAAUUGGAAUAGAACACAGACGUAAUACCGUGAGUUACAAGGGUAGCAUCGUCACUUGG